AUGGAGAUGCAGCAGGAGCUUGCAGGCUCGGAAGGACCUGGUCCAAAGGACUAUCACAAAAACAUCCGGUGUAUCUUUGUGUCGCUCUUCUUCGGUGUCACACUGUCAGCAGUGACGCUUGGUCCACUGUUUGAUGCUUACUUGCUGAACAUCGGAGGAGUGAAUGGCAACAAGCUGGUCGGUGCCGUGGAGUCCACGCGGGGGAUUCUGCAGCUCGUGCUUGCAUAUCCCAUCGGAGCCGUGUCUGACAAGAUGUCAAGAAUUCGGCUGCUAAAGUUGGACUUGCCAUUUUGGACUCUCGGACUGGGCUUGCUGAUCAUUGGAGUGCUGCUAGACAGCCUGCCUCUGCUGUUCAUUGGCAUCGGGGUUUGGGCGCCCUGCUCCCAGUGCUGGAACAGCAGCAUGACGGCAUGUCAGGUUUCCAGGUGUGUGGACUCGCGGACUGCCGGGCAUUGGCAAAGG